GAAUGGCUCUAAGUUAUUUGAACAACAGAAACUGGCAAUAGGGCAACACUGAAAGACUGUCAAGAAAUGCUUUGUAGAACAAUGACCGAAAUCAAAAGGGGAAUAAUGAAUCUUUUUCUCAUAACUGUGUUAAUAUGUGCGAUGGCUAUUCAGCAAACAGAAGGCAUCAGAAAAAACAUAAAGAGGGACGUAGAAAGCAAGUUUCAAAUGGGCUCAGAAGUACACCCAGAAAAUAGAAAAGCAGGUCUGACUGAAGAAAUCGCCUCGUUAUUUACACGUUUCACUUUUCGCCUGUACAAUGAGAUAGCUCUACAGAGUUCCACAGAUAACAUCUUCUUUUCUCCAUUUAGUAUCACCGCUGCCUUGGCUUUGUUGUCCUCAGGGGCAAGAUCAGCAACUCAAGAAGAGCUCAUUGAUGCAUUUGGUCUGGCUAAUAGGAACGAAAGCGAAGUAAACAAAAUGCAUGCUCAUAUUGGGGACCUGCUGAAGAUCCUAACAAAAGAAAACAGUGAUUUCCAGUUAUCAACAGGAAACUUACUCCAUAUAGAUAAGUCUCUCGCGGUUUCACGGAAGUUUGUGAAUGAUACUGCACAUUAUUACAAAGCUGAAGUGUUCCCUGUGGAUUUUUCUAAACCCCAGCAAGCCAAGCAGACAAUAAAUGGCAUUAUAGAAAAGGAAACUAAAGGAAAAAUCAAAGAACUCUUUGAAGAGAUUGAUCCUUCAGCUAAAUUAAUACUGACCAACUACAUUUACUUUAAAGGUAAAUGGAAGUAUGCCUUUGACCCAAAACACACGAGAGACUGGACAUUUCAUGUGGAUGAAACAAAGUCUGUUGACGUUCCAAUGAUGUUCAGAGAUGACACUGAAGAUUUUGAGAUGCUCUAUGAUACAAAAUGCUCUACCACAGUAUUACAACUUCCUUACACCGGGAAGGCAUCCAUGCUGCUCCUUCUGCCAGAGAAGGGAGAACUUGCGAAACUUGAAAAAAGUCUCUCCCCUAAAAAGUUUAAAUUCUGGCUCAACAACUUGAAAAUGGGAUCUGCAGAGAUUCAUUUUCCAAAGUUAUCAAUGGAAAAAAAGUAUGAUGUAAAAAGGAUCUUAAGGAGAAUGGGAAUUAAAUCUCUGUUUACAAAUGCUGCUAAUUUCUCUGGUAUUAGUGAUGAGGGAAAUCUUAAAGUAUCGGAGGUUGUUCAUAAAGCUGUACUCGAGGUUGAGGAAUCCAAGACUGAGGCUGCUGCUGGCACUGGCAUACAGGUUGUGUUUUAUUCCAUGCCCGCUCAAAUAAUAUUUAAUAGACCUUUCAUACUGAUGAUCUAUGAAGAACACACCGGAAAAGUACUUUUCAUGGGAAGAGUCGUUGAUCCCACGAAAAAAUAACGUACAGUAUGUCUGAAAAUAAACAUGGUAUAUAUCAGUUUAGUGGUAGCAAGUAGAAUUUGAAUAAGUGAAUGUAAACCUUUCCUCGGCAUAAAACCGCCUGUGAUUAACUGGUAGUAAUUCAUUAAAAAAAAAGUUAAAUUCUAUGACUAAGCAGACCUUAUUAUUUGAUGUUUGUUAAUAAAAUGCUUUAAAGAA